GUCGCGCUGCAAACACUGCCGGCUACGAUGCCACUCUGCAGGCCAGAUUUCUGGAGCUGGGGGCGCGCGUUGGGAAGAGCUCUGCUGCGGAGGUGGACGCCGCGUGCGAGGUGCCACCGAAUGUGACUGCUGACCCUGCCGUCGUCAGCCACUCUGCUGGGGCAUCCCGCGUUGUCAGCUCCUGCAGGGGGGAGACCGAGACUCUGAAGCUCCCGAGGGCCAAGAAGCUGCAGAAGGAGAAGACAGACGUCGUCGGCGACUCUGCUGUGGAGGCCGCGCGCGAGAGUCUGCUGACGGAAGAGGACCCAGUUCCCGCUUGGGUGGCCGCUGGUUUCAAGAUCGGGGCCUCCGUUACGGCGGCUGGGCUUUCCAAGACUGAGUUCAAUGGCAAGCUCGGACUUGUUCGCGGCUCCAAGGGGGAUAGGCUUCAGGUGCAGUCUCCCUUCUCGGAAGAUAUCAAGUUCAUCAAAGCCGCCAACUUCAAGGCCUGCUCAUCAUCGGUGGAUUGGGUGACCUCGGAACAGUUCGACGAGAG